CAAGCUUUCAACCCGAUUGGUGAGUCAUAUGCACCUUCACUAGUUUUUCAAUCGGACAAUAUGAUAUACAAAAUUAGCAGCAAUUAAAUGGCGAUAAAGAUGAAGAAGAAAGAAUUUACUGAUAAAGCCGUAAAGUAACGUUGGCACUUAUGUUAUCAGUAGAUUUCCAGUGAGAAUUGGAGAUAUGCUUUCAGCUGUUCCUUUAUCACUCCAGGUAUUGUUGUAAAAUAAUUAAUCUCGGUUAGGAUAAACUAAAUUGGUAUGCCUGAAUUCACAGUGAAAUUAAUACUCAGCGAUAUUGAGGGAACCACGACAUCCAUUAGUUUUGUAAAGGAUGUGCUCUUUCCCUAUGCAAAAGCACACUCCAAGGCAUUUCUAGAAGAGACUUGGAAUAAUGCCGAGACACAAAGUAUUGUACAGGAUCUACGCAACCUACCACAAUACAAGGAGUACUUGAGACCGGUUGAUGAACAACCUUCCGCAUCGCCCGGGAAUGUAGCCAGUUUUGUUAAUUUUCUUAUAGAAAAAGAUCUUAAAUUAGGGCCAUUAAAAACUCUUCAAGGAUUGGUUUGGGCGAAAGGUUAUGCAAACGGUAACAUUAAAGGACACAUUUAUGCUGAUGUGCUUCCAGCAUUUAAGAGAUGGCAUGAGGCUGGUCUACGCGUCGCUAUCUACUCUAGUGGUAGUGUAAAGGCACAACAACUACUCUUUGGUCAAACAGUGAUGGGAAAUCUACUACCCUAUAUUAGCGGCCAUUAUGACACAGCCGUUGGUCAUAAGCAACAAAAAGAGUCGUAUGUAAAUAUAGCCAAAGAUUUGGAUUUACCAGUGGAAGACAUACUGUUCCUAACUGAUAUAGUAAAAGAGGCUGAAGCAGCUCACGAUGCUGGAAUGCAGGUUGCUUUACUAAACCGACCAGGCAAUGCGCCUUUAACUGACGACGAUAAAACUGCAUUUACUUUUGUUGAUAAUUUUGAUAAUUUAAAGAUAAAUUUAAAAAAGUAAUAAUAGAGGCUACAUAAAUAAAAAAUUAUCUUAAGGCAG